CGCGCACGCACGCACCGAGACGCGCGCCGCGAUGGGUUUCGCACGCUCGCGUCGCGCGCUCGCGCUCGCGCUCGUCGCGCUCGUCGCGCUCGCCGCGAACCCCGCGUCCGCGUCGACGUCCGCGGACGCCGACGCGAUCGACGCGGGGAAAACCGCCCCCAUCUCGCGGGGCGCGGGCGGGGCCCCCGACGUCUCCCGCGUCGUCUCGCGCGCGCCGACGGCCGAGGACGUCGAGUCGCUCCUGCGCGGCGGCGCGGCGUCGAGCGACGCGGCGACCGCGGGCGCGAGCGAGCCCGCGCACAAGCCCGGGGAGACCCCCGCUGAGGUGUACGUCCGCGAUCGCGGCGAGGCGAAGAGGGCGCGCGAGGCGAAAAAGGCGCGCGAGGAGGCGACGAUCGCGCGUAUUCGCGCGAACGACGCGAAGGAGCACUCGCCGACGGACGUCAAAGGAGCGCGCGGGCGAGGCCGGGUCGACGCCGCGGCGACGAGCGGCCCGAUCGCGCAGCCGGUGGCGCCGGUGACGCCGCCGGAGCCCACGGAGCCCACGGACGACGACGGCGGCGGCGGCGGCGGCGGCGGCGGCGAGUGGGAAGCGGCGGCGGCGGCGGCGGCGGCGGCGGCGGUCCCGGAGACGGCGAGGCCGAUCGCGGCGGCGGCGGCGGCGGUCCCGGAGACGGCGAGGCCGGUCGCGGCGGCGGCGUCGGACGGCCCGCACGACGUGACUCACGACGCGGAGACCGUAGCGCCGGCGGAAGAACCGACGACGGCGCCGGCGGCGAGCGACGACGAGGACGAGGGGCCCACGCCGGAGACCGCCGUGCCGACGGAACGAAAACGGGCGGCGCGCGGAAGCGGACGCGGACACGUCAUCACCUCGGACGUCUUCUCGCAGCUCGAGGACGCUGCGGAGCGCGCGGAGAAGGCUGCGAACGCGACGCGCUCUGGGCACGUCGGGUGACGCCGCCGCCGAAGGGACGUCGCGGCGGCGGGUCGGCGAUCGACUCGCGCAUAAUUCAAUACCUGUAUCCGUUUCCAAUAAUCAACUUCUGCUAUAC